AUGGCAAGAACUAUCCCGGGCCUAUCUUAUGAUCGUGACGUUGACCAAGAAGAGUUCGACUUACUCGAUGCCCUAGUUAGACUGCAUGAAACUGCACCACACGGAAUCCUCUACCUCCAGAACUACCAUCUCAACGCCUCCAGGCCCCUCUCCGUUCCCCUUUGCCCUCGCACAUCACCACCCUCAGACUACACAUGGCCUGCCGGCUGGACCUUCACCGUCACGCCAGGCCCAAUCCUCAUGCCGAUCGAGCUCGGCGCGGACAUCCUAGAUUCAUUCUACGGGCAAGUCAUGGCUUACGCAGCGGCUCGGAUACUCGCGAAUGCCGCCCCACUAGCCGCUGGCGUCGACAUAGCUGACGGGCCCUUGGUGCUUGACUUCCUGGUGGUAGAUGGGGCUAAUUCGCAUGGUCUGGAAUGGAGCAUUGUGUACUGGUUUGCGGCUUAUAUGCAGGCCAUGGCAAGGAGAGGAUACACUGGGCUGGGGAGUGUGACACUCAGGCACGAAAAUGGGUGGGUGCUCGAUGUGACAUUGAGGCUGGCGUGGAGUGUGAGGGUUGGUGGAGGAUUGUAA